UUCUUGGAGCAAAUCGAGAUUUCUCCACAACACAACUACUAUUAUGGUUCCAGUUCUUAGCAGCAGCAGACCGGAAUGACCAAAGGCCAGAGGACCUGUUUUCUCCACCUUUCUCCGUUAUUGUGAACAUGUGGGGCCCCAGUUUCCGAUGGCUUCUCCUCGUCCACAUUCUGCUGAUGGAAACGGCACUUGGCAGAGGUCCGCCACCGCUCAGCGCACGGAACAACCGGCCUCCAGAAACUUCCAAAUUCACAGAAGGAAUUACCGCUGUGUCAGAGUCAGGAGAUCCUUCAUGGGCAGUGCCCAAAGAUAACCUGCCCAGCUCUGCCCAACUCAACAUCUCCAAAAACCUGCCCAGCUCUGCCCAACUCAACAUCUCCAAAAACCUGCCCAGCUCUGCCCAACACAUCAUCUCCAAAAACCUGCCCAGCUCUGCCCAACUCAACAUCUCCAAAAACCUGCCCAGCUCUGCCCAACUCAACAUCUCCAAAAACCUGCCCAGCUCUGCCCAACUCAACAUCUCCAAAAACCUGCCCAGCUCUGCCCAACUCAACAUCUCCAAAAACCUGCCCAGCUCUGCCCAACUCAACAUCUCCAAAAACCUGCUCAACUCUGCCCAACUCAACAUCUCCAAUCUCUUCUCCUCUCUGCAGGGCGAGGUUCGUCUCCACGGUGACGUAGGGUGUGAGGGGAUGCUGUCCGGAGCAGGUUUGACUGACCUACAGUCGAGAGGAGCUCUAUUCUCUGAAGAACUUCUGGGGUUGGUUCUGGUGCCGGUUUUGGUGUCUGCGGGGUGUGUGUCUGAAGCUCAGACGCUCAUAUUGAGACUCUACACACUCCUGGGUCAGACAGACACAGAGGAUCUGUUACAGGACCUUCUGGAGCUGAUUCAGUUAAACAGCAAAAACAGACAAACACAUGUCACCCACACGUCCUCAUCUCACUCAUCCCGUUCCAACAGCUCCUCACAAAACACAUCUUCAGCGGAUUCCUCGGCCCCCUACACAUCCUCUCCCGACCGCUCGACAAGCAGCUCCUAUCCACAUGUCUCCUCCCUUAACCCCUCUGUAUCUAACCCCUCCUCUGCUGUUGUGGAGGUGGCUCCACAGCGCCACCUCCAGGCUCUUCUGUUUAAUAUCCAGCAGCUGGCACAUACUGGGGCGAGGUGGCCCGGGGCAGCUGGCAGGCGGUGCCGUGGUUGGCUGCGAAUCAGUGGGGUGGAGCUCCUUGGGGAGGUGGCCCCAGGAGGUGUGGGUUCCUUUAAGGAGGCUCUGCAGGCCUGUAGGAGCCUGGGUCUGAAGUGCGCAGGUGUAGCCCAAAGGGGCGUCUCACCUGGGCACUAUCACGUCAUUCUAAGGCAGGGCAGUCGCAUCAUCCCCUCCCUGUCCUCCACGGGCCAAUCAGAGAGCUGGGUGCAGCAGUGUGGGGGGGUGCGUGGCCUCCGCUGGCGUCGGGAUGGGUGGUCUAGGCGUGAUUGUGUGAAUAAAGAGGAAGAGCGUGUUUAUACCGUUGUCGAGUGGAUCCCAGCCAUUUCAACGCUCUAUAACCUGGGCACAGCGGUCUACUACGCGUCUGUCAACUGCUCAGAAACAGCCAAGGAACGCGCCAUCCUCAGCGCCCUCGACCUGGGCACCGAUGCCCUUAUGGCUGUUACUGGCGGGACGGUGGGCGUGGCAGGGUAUGCAUUUGGGGCAGGUGUAAAAACAGGUGUGAAAGCAGGCAUAAAAUACCUGCUGAACACCAUGAAACAAGAGGAGGAUCUGUUAAUGAACCAGAACAGCUGGGAGGAAGGAACUCAUAUCAUGCAAUGAGACACAUAAGGAACCAAGGAGUUGAUGAGUUGAUUGGGUAGCCAAUAAGGAACCAAGGAGAUGAUUCAUAAGGUCAAAAAAUUCUCAGGCUAAGAUUAAGUAAUUAAAACACAUUAGUCUGUUCUCCCUGUCCUGUUCGCUGCGCACGCACACACACACACACACACACACACGGGAAAUCCCGAUCCGAUCGGUAUCAAGGCCGAUCAAGGCAUUUUUUAACUGAUUGGUAUCGGCUUUACUGAGCCCGAACCUAAACCCGAUCCUUUGUUUACGUCAGUUGACACACAGGUGCCGUAAACGGAGAGCAUAAUUUGUGACAGGACGCGGCUAUUUGUCUGCAGUGUGGAUAUCUUCUAAAUUGGGAAACGAAAGCAGUCCAACAGCCACUUGUAAUGUUUGCAAUGCGAGCAUUUCGCCAGGCGGUAGGAGCUACGUUCAAUAGGCUACUACCACUUUGAUACGGCACCUAAAAAAUAAACACUCAGUGGAACACAGUGAGUUGACUCAGGUAACGCAGGCAAAGGCUGCUCUGAAGCAACACACGCUGGAGGAUAUACUUUUAAAAGGAGACAGAAAUUUCCUCGAGACAGCGACAAGGCCGAAAAGAUUACCAAGAGGGUAACUGAACUGAAUUAAUCGCUUUGGAUGACCAGCCCAUGUGAAUGCAGAGGUCGUUAAAAUUCGGCAAAUUGAGGCGAACGUUCUAGGCGAACGGGUUUUCUUUUAACUUUAAAAUUCGAACGUUUUUUUAGGUCAGCAUACGACGACAUCGUAAUCCUCACGGCCACUAAUAACAACCAAUGUAUAAUUUCAAAAUUGAAACACUUACGCUUUGGCGGCAUGUAAUGUAGUUAGCCUAAACUAACGACCACAGAGCAAUACAUUCGCUUAACUAACGCUAGGGAUUGAUAACGAUACCAUAACAAAAAGAGGCUUUCAACGUAUCAACGUAACUGACAGUUAGACAAUUUAACCACGAAUUAUUGUAAGAUUAAAUAAAAUUGAACACUUACGUAUAUUUCCUGCUAUAACUCCUACAGGCGGCCUUACCCUCUCGACACUACAUUUCAGACACUGCUCUACCGGAGCUUUACAAGGUUUACUUUGUUAUUUUGUAAAAUUAAAAAAAAAAA